CCAGGUGUGUCUCAGAUCUAUUGCCAGAACCUGUGCCUGCUGGCCAAGCUGUUCCUGGAUCACAAGACUCUCUACUUCGACGUGGAGCCCUUCGUGUUCUACCUGCUCACCGAGGUGGAUCGGCAGGGGGCGCACAUCGUGGGCUACUUCUCCAAGGAGAAGGAAUCCCCGGACGGGAACAACGUGGCGUGCAUCCUCACCCUGCCCCCGUACCAGCGGCGCGGCUACGGGAAAUUCCUCAUCGCCUUCAGCUACGAGCUGUCCAAGCUGGAGAGCACCGUGGGCUCCCCCGAGAAGCCGCUCUCGGACCUGGGCAAGCUCAGCUACCGCAGCUACUGGUCCUGGGUGCUGCUGGAGAUCCUCAGGGACUUCCGGGGGACCCUCUCCAUCAAGGACCUCAGCCAGAUGACCAGCAUCACGCAGACCGACAUCAUCAGCACGCUGCAGUCGCUGAACAUGGUCAAGUACUGGAAGGGGCAGCACGUGAUCUGCGUCACCCCCAAGCUGGUGGAGGAGCACCUCAAGAGCGCCCAGUACAAGAAACCGCCCAUCACCGGUGGGUAAUUAGCGCCCCUCCUUAAUUAACCGACGCUCAUUAGCGCCCCUCCUUAAUUAACCCACGCUAAUUAGCGCCUCUGCUUAAUUAACCCACGCUAAUUAGCGCCCCUCCUUAAUUAACCCCCGCUAAUUAGCGCCCCUCGUUAAUUAACUGACACUAAUUAACGCCCCUCCUUAAUUAACCCACGCUAAUUAGCGCCCCUCCAUAAUUAACCCCCGCUAAUUAGUGCCCCUCCUUAAUUAACCCCUGCUAAUUAAUGCCCCUCCUUAAUUAACCCCUGCUAAUUAACGCCUCUGCUUAGUUAACCCCCGCUAAAUAGCGCCCCUCCUUAAUUAAACCCCGCUAAUUAGCGCCCCUCCUUAAUUAACCCACGCUAAUUAGCGCCUCUGCUUAAUUAACCAACGCUAAUUAACGCCUCUGCUUAAUUAACCCCUGCUAAAUAGCGCCCCUCGGUGGUUAAACAACGUUAAUUAGCGCCCCUCCUUAAUUAACCCCCGCUAAUUAACACUCCUCCUUAAUUAACCCCCGCUAAUUAACGCCUCUGCUUAAUUAACCCCCACUAAUAGGCGCUCCUCCUUAAUUAACCCCCACUAACUGGCUCCCCUCGGUGGUUAAACACCGUUAAUUAGCGUCCCUCGUUAAUUAACCCGCACUUAUUAACACCCCUCCUUAAUUAACCCCCACUAAUUAGCACUACUCAUUAAUUAACCCCCACUAAUUAGCGCUCCUCGGUGGUUAACUGCCGCUAACUGGCGCCCCUCGUUAAUUAACCCGCACUAAAUUAACGUCCCUCCUUAAUUAACCCGUGCUAAUUAACGUCUCUCCUUAAUUAACCUGCACUAAUUAAUGCCUCUCCUUAAUUAAUCUGCACUAAUUAACGCCUCUCCUUAAUUAACCCCCGCUAAUUAGCACUACUCGUUAAUUAACCCCCACUAAUUAGCGCCCCUCGGUGGCUAACUGCCGCUAACUGGCGCCCCUCGGUGGUUAAACACCGUUAAUUAGCGCCCCUCGUUAAUUGACCAACACUAAUUAAUGCCCCCUCAGCGAUUAACCACUGCUAAUUAGCGGCCCUGGGUGGGUAAACACCGUUAAUUAGCGUCCCUCAGAGAUUAACUGCCACUAAUUGGCGACCCUCAGUGAUUAAACGCUGUUAAUUAGCGCCCCCUCGGUAAUUAACGCGCCCCUCGGUGAUUAAACACUGUUAAUUAGCGUCCCUCGUUAAUUAACCACCGCUAAUUAGAACCCUCUGUUGACCGCCAAUAAUUAGCGCCCCUCGGGGAUUAACCGCCAUUAAUUAGCGCCCCUCGGUGAUUAAACAGCACUAAUUAGCGCCCAUCAGGGAUUAACCGCCGUUAAUUAGCGCCCCCUCAGUGAUUAAGUGCCAUUAAUUAGCGCCCCUUGUUAAUUAACCGCCGUUAAUUGGCGCCC